GAGUCAGGGGGCUGCUGCGAGGAAACGAUUAUCGAAAGAAAAGUUAGCCGAACUUGUUUUGUUUUGGUUUGUAGCAAACACGGCGAUGGUCCAUGAAACAGUUUAAUGUCAAGAAGUGUUCGAACUUUUGUUAAUGUUUUGACGAUGGGUUCACUGAAGUUCAGCGUUGGACAAGAAGUAUCCGCGUCGGCGGCCACAGUGGCGGAGGGCGCGUUGGUGUGCCAGGGAGUGAACAACCAGAGCUACAUCUGCGAGUCGGGCCACUGCUGCGGAGAGACGCAGUGCUGCAGCUACUACUAUGAACUGUGGUGGUUCUGGCUGGUGUGGGCUCUGAUCAUCAUCCUGACGUGCUGCUGCGUGUGUCAGCACUGGCGCUCCAAGCAGCGCUUCCAGCAGCAGCGCCGGCAGAACGAGAUCAACCUCAUCGCCUACAGGGAGGCUCACAACAACUCCCAGCUGCCGCUCUAUCUCAGAUUCCUGCCCACCUACCUGCUGCCCGCCUACGAAGAGGUAGUCAACCGCCCGGCCACCCCUCCUCCUCCCUACACCCCUCUCCAACCUGCGCCUCCGUCGACAGACCCGCCCGAGGCGUCGCAAUGCCCCCACGCUUCUCUCUCAGUCCACGCUGUCGACGACGACGACGCGGCGCUCCCCGCCACUCCCGAGGACACGCACGGCCACCUCCACAGCGCCCACAGCCCCAACAAGGACUCGACGCCGGGCAGGUACCGGCGCUUCACGGGGGACUCUGGGAUCGAGGUGUGCGACGGCCAGGAGCUGUGGGAUCAGCGCAGCUUGUUGGAAAGAGAAGAGGAGACUGGGGAGGAACUGGGGCAAACGGAAGAGCCGUGCGAUCACUUUGGUCCGGGGACUGUCGAGCGCAGCCACGCCAGUGAUCCGGCUCUUCACGAGGACGACAAGGACGGACAAAAGGAGCCGCCGCAGCAGGCUCUUAGGUAAUAUAUGCAGAAACUAAACUCCGUCGCAGAUGCAAACUUUCUACCUUUGGUGCUCAGGGGUUUGGUCUUUUAGUACGUGUGCAAGUUUGACUGACACCAGUGUGACAGGCCGGAGACUAAUGAGAGGUAUGACUAUACUUUUAACCGCCCACCCCCCCAAAAAAACAGAAAUAAUAAUUUGAAGUUACUAAUUUUAACUGUGGUUUGAAGCCAAGCUCCUCUUCUCAUGUCCAAGAUGAACAGCACAUGUGAAAGAGAUUUGUGUGUGUUUGAAAUGCUCAGCACUGAAUUUAUGUUCACUUCGAUUCUUCUUUUCUCUGGGAGGACCUGGAAUUGAUCCCCGACCUUCUGUACCAAAGUCGGCGGUGUCUCCCACUAGGCCAUACCUCCCAUCCCAUUCAUUGUUGAAUGCCUCAGUGCCGGCCCUGAGGGUUAACUCCGUCCCUGACUGUAGCAUUAGACUAGGAUAGCUGCUAGGUUAUGUCAAUAUACUGAUAUUAUUGCUGAUGUAAAUUUAUGGGAUGCAACAUGUGUGCGUCAUAUGUGUAUGUCCCUUUAAGAGCGGGUGUGACGUCUGCAUUUUUAUUGUGCCGGAUUGUGAUUUUGUCGUUUUAAGACAUGCAAAAAAUGAGUUAGUAGAAAAUCAGUGAGCAGGUAUGUUUUUAUCAUCACUGUAUGGAAGUACUUCCUGGUUCUUGUAUCUGUAGCUGUUUUCUGGAGAGACUUUUUUUAGAUUAUUUUUUUUUUUUGCGCAAAAUCAUUUUCCAUUUCACCCACUUUCCUCCACGUAGCAACAAUCCGGAGGAAUGGCGUACGCACACAGAAGUUUUCUCGUGGAUUUGAUCUUUAAACUCGCCUCUUUUGAACUCUGCUGACUUGUAAAACAACAGGUCCGUGUCGGACAGGUUCACAGGACCGCGUGACUUGUUCCAGUACAAGUUUAACUCGCCGCUGGUUUGUUCUUUCAAGUCAAGAUGCUACAAUCGUUGCUCAGGACGAUUGAGAAAUGAUUUGAAUUUUUUAAUAAAGCAUGAUAUGUCUCCUUUCAAUCAAGUCGGUCAGUGAGACGUCGAAAAGAAACGACUGUGUGUGAACUUACAGACGAUCUGUACUGUCGGUUGAUCCCCUGUGUGUUUGUGUCUCCGGUCGCCUGUUACACUGGUGUUAUACAACGACGCCUCAGUGUCACGAUGUGUAGCCGUAUGUAGCCAUGGAGUAGAAAAUAUUUAGGUGAACUUAAUCAAAAGUUCCGGAGUCUCUUUGACCCUUUGUAAGUAAAAACCUGUCGGUGUACUCGAUCACAGAUUGUUCGUGUUUCUCUGCAGUUUCGCCAAAGCGCUCCGCACAACAUCGCCAAAGUCUAACUGGUGAAAUAAGAACAUCAUGAAAGUGUCCAUCAUCAAAGUAUACACACGUUUGUAUCGGAGGGUGUUGAUUGUGAUCCAUAAGUGUGCGCAUGGAAACGACUAUGGUAUAAAAUGUGUGAAAACCUGAACCUUACUGUCACAGUGCGCCGAGGGGACUUCCCCUUCAACCGAGUCAUUUGAGCACUUUUCCCACGUACGCAGCGUUUCAACCAGUGAGAUUCUUCAGCACCUGGUGCUACAACUCUGUACAUGCUCUUUAUUAUCUGCUGAUUAAAGUUAUAUUUUUCUGUUGCA